AUGAAUAUUUUCCUUGUGUUGCUGAACUCUCUGACUGACAGUGAGGGACACAGCCUCAUGGUGGGCUCACUAGGCUUCACUGUCAGCAAAGCUAAGAUCCCCGGGCUGGAGGAGCACCUGAGGCAAUUCCACCCCUCACAGUUUCCUGACAGUCAGUUUGUCCGAGAUUUCUGGGAAGACGUGUUUGACUGCGCUCUGAAUGACACUGCAGAAACACAAAAAAGGCCAUGCAACGGCUUUGAGAGCUUGCAGACUGUUGAAUCAAAGUUCACUGAUGGGUCUGAUCUGAGAUUCACAAAUAAUGUGUACAAGUCAGUUUACACAGUGGCUCAUGCUCUUGACAACCUGAUUAAAUGUGAGGAAGGUAAAGGGCCUUUUUCAAAUGGUAGCUGUGCUGAUACCAAACACAUUCAACCAUGGCAGGUUUUGCAAUAUCUCAACACUGUGCAUUUCACUACUGGGGAAGGAGAAAGAGUUUAUUUUGACAGUAAUGGAGAUUCACCGACAAGAUAUGAACUUGUAAACUUACAAAUAACAAACAAAGGAACCAUGGAAGGAGUAACAGUUGGCAUUUCUGAUGCGUCUCUUCCAGAGAGUCAUCAGUUUAUCUUGAAUAACAUCCCAGUUGUCUGGGGAAAUGCGCUGACUAAGUCGAGUCGGCUACACUGGCGCCUGAAGAGGGACCUCAACACUGGGAUGACGGAGCAGCAGACACAGCCGGUGGCGGCGUUGGCCCAGAUGCUGGGGGAGAUCGCGGCCAUGCACCAGCAACAGGCAGAGGUGAACCGGCGGCAGAUGGAGGCACUCCACAGCUAG